AUGCCUGUUAUGACCCGUCUUCAGUCUGCCAACCUCGCCCACCACAGCGAACUUCUCUUCCAGGCCGCACUCAACGCCGUGAGCGGCCCUCUCCCUAUAGUCGAUCCCACGCCCGACUCAAGCUCUGUUUCCGGCUACUCCCACCCGCCCGCGCCAACAGGCCCCAGUUCUGCCCAGGGCCAGGAGAUGCGCAGAACACUCCGGGGCCUCUCAAGGGAGUACUCCACGCAUAUCGUGGAGGAGGUAUUCAAACCUCAAAUCUUCAACCUCUUGUCCAUGUACGGGGACACUCUUGACUACAGGAGCGAGCCGUGCUUCGUUAUCGGAGCGCUCAAUUAUGUACGGAGCAUGUGGCCCUCGGAUUCUACCCAGGUUCUGAUGCUGGGUGCUGCUGUCCUCUGUGUGAGGAGAUUUCUUCAGAGCUGGUGGGCUAAAGAAAUUACGGUUCGGUGCGUAGAAUGCCCUGAGAGGGAACCAGAGGCAAUAGAAAAUGUGCUUAAGCAUAUCGGGAGGGAUCAUGCAAAAGAUGGUCAAGAGAGUUGGGAAUGGUAUAUGCAGAAAUGGCCACUGCGGCUACCAAUCGAGGGGGCGGCGGAGAGCUUGUGGAUGGAGAGGAGAUAG